UUAGGGCUCCAAGAUCUGUCACUAGCUCCUGGUGCCAACAAGAUCAAAAAUUAAACUGCAUAGGUUUUGACGUUUAUCAACUAGCUCCAUUUAUGUUCCUCACCUACUUAGGCUUAUAUUAGAGAGUUGUGCAAUAUGCAACUUUGACUUAUCGCAUAACAAGUCAUGUUGCUUCAGAUUCUUGUGCAUGGACCGAAGAUUUUUGUAUUUGAGAUUGUGUUCUCAUGCCCUCUAUAGUUUAUAAAACGUUGUAGCAGCUCUUGAGCAGAAACCACAAGUAUCAAUUAUGGAUUUUAUCAACCUUCUCAUCGUCAUCCUCGCUCUUUCGAGCACACCAAUUACCAUAAUGUCUGGAUCUGUGACAAACCAUAGAUAUUCAACUUCAAACUCUUACACCAACGUUGCUCUUUCUGCACGAAAAAUCGUAUUUACUCCUCCCAGCCAGCUAGGAAAAUACACGAGCACAGAUAAUUCUAAUGACGAUGACUUGAUCUGCAAAAACUGCAAGAGAUUAUCAGAACGUCGUACAUGUUGUUUCAACUAUAUUUGUGUUGAUUUGUUGAUCGACAGGUUCAACUGUGGCUCCUGUGGCCUGGUCUGUAUCGUUGGAACAAGAUGCUGUGGUGGGAUCUGCGUAGACAUCAAGAAAGACAACGGAAAUUGUGGCAAGUGUUAUAAUGUAUGCUCUCCUGGUCAGAAAUGUUCAUUUGGCCUUUGUGCCUAUGCCUAAUUAAGUGUAUUUCUCUAUCUCUAGUAAUAACCCCGUCUGUGUAAGAUGGUCAAAUAACUAAUUCCCCUGUCCCCUGUCCCUGGGUGAAAUGUUACAUCUUGUCCAAGUUUUCUAGUUAGAUAACUAGUUUUCACGUUUGUUACAUCUUUUUUUUUAAAGUACUUAUGUUUACACUAUAUGCCAU